AUGGACCAAAAAGAAUCGAAGGACGUUGACGUCUCUUCCCACAUCGAGAACGCUGAGACAGUCCCAGCCCAAUCCGGCACGCUUAUUGACGAGAAUCUGGUACGAGCCGAGAAUGAAGACAAGAUCACUCCAUACUUUAUAUUCCUCAUCUCCGUCGCUGCCAUUGCCGGCUUCCUCUUUGGUUAUGAUACUGCCAUCGUCGGUUCGGCCCUGCCAAUGGUAGGGUCGGACCUCGGGCAUGUGCUGGACGCCCAGGAGCAAGAAAUCAUCACCGCCGGUACCACCAUCGGUGCCAUCUUCGGCGCCCUGAUCCUGGGAGGGCUUGCCGACAAGCUCGGCAGGAAAUGGUCGAUGGCUAUCUCAGACAUUGCCUUCACCAUUGGAGCCGUCAUCAUCGCAGCCUCGUACUCGGUCGCCCAGAUGGUUGUUGGCCGUAUCAUCCUCGGUGUCGGUGUCGGUGGAGCUGCCGUCAUUGGGCCGCUUUACAUCGCGGAGCUGGCUCCAACCGCCGUGCGAGGUCGAUGCAUUGGGACCAAUGCCUUCUUCAUCCCCUUUGGCCAGGUUGUCGCCAGUGCCCUCGGAGCAGCCUUUCAGGCCAAGGUUCCUUACCACAUUGGAUGGAGAUUGCUCUUCGCGCUCGGUGUCGUUCCGUCCAUGGUUCAGCUUUGCCUCAUGCACUUCCUUCCCGAAUCCCCUCGAGUCCUCAUUCUCCGUGAUCAAGAAGACAAGGCUCGGGCGGCCCUGCGGAUCAUCUACAGAGGAGCCACGGAUGAGGUUAUUGAGUUCAAGCUCAGGGUUGUGACCCAUUAUGUCGAGGCUACCACCGCUCUGCAACGCCAAUAUACCAUCCGCGAACGAGCCAUGAUCUAUUGGACCAACAAGCCCUACCGUCGAGCCAUUAUUGCUGUUUCUGCUGUCCAAGCCUUCGGUCAACUUACUGGUUUCAACACCCUUCUCUAUUAUUCAUCCAACAUCUUCGGUCUCCUCGGCCUCAAGAACUCUGCCGCCGCCGGUCUCAUCCCAGCAUCGGGUAAUGCCAUCUUCGUUUUCAUCGGUAUGACUGUUGUAGACCGAUUCGGAAGACGAAGGCUGCUAGUCACCGUCAUCCCAGGCAUGAUUAUCGGUCUGUUCUGGGCCAUGAUUUCGUUUUACUUUCUCACCAAGGAAACCGGCGGGCAGCUCGACUCAAACUAUCAAUACAGCUCGGCCCUCGUCGGUUCAGUGCUCGGUGCUAUCGUCCUAUUCACCUGCUCCUUCGGUCUCACCUACUCGCACAUCGUCUGGUAUCAAUCCGAGUUCCUUGCCCUUGAAAUCCGAGCCGCUGGUUCCGCCAUCGCCACCACCUCGUGUUGGAUCGCCAACCUGGUCGUGUCUGUUGCCUACCUCUCCCAGCUGAACUCGCUCACUGCUGCGGGAACCUAUGGCUUCUACCUGGCCCUCAUCAUAAUCGGCUACGUUUUUGUCUUCUUCUGCUACCCCGAGACCAAGGGAUUAUCCAUCGACGAGACAUCAUCCAUCUUCCAACACGGUUUCGGCGUCAAGAAGGCCGAUGCCAUGUUGCGCGAGAAGAUCGCAUUUCAGAAGCGCCUCAACGCCGCGAAUGUUUCAGCACCCGACGGCGGUGCUUCUGCUUAA